AUGUCAGAUUGCAUGAGGGAGGCUUUUUCAGAAUUGGAUGUGACGAGUGAAGUUCUCGAAGUUGUCGUCAUCCCUCCACCACUGCCUCAGCCGCGUCUGCGCCUUACCACCUACGGCUACACGGGCACCGUGCACUAUGAUUUUCCCCGGGACUCGGACCCGGUUGAAGUGUUUGAGUGCUCCGCUCCGGAUGCCCUCCUGGCUCGUUACCGGCUUUCUCUUUUGCGACCCGCCACAAAUCGGGCACUAGCACUUUCCUCGCGUGUCUGUAUUCGCAUGAAUGAGCGCGGCUUCCUGUCUCUGCAGUACAUGAUCACUUCUCUGCACCACAAUGAUACGCAAGCCUCCUUUGUAGAAUUCUUUUGUGUCCCCGACGUUGACGAUACAGAGGACCAUCGGAACACUGAUGACAUUGCUUCCGGGGACAUCUCGCCCUAA